AUGGGAUUACAAAACCAGCUUAGUGACAUUUCUACUGAAUCAAUUCCAAUAUUAAUGAUAACCCUUUUUGCUAAUUCUCUUAAUUAUCUCCGUUCCUUAAUCUACACUUUCCUUCAAUUUUUUGGCAUCUCUUCUUCCCGAUUUACCCCUCAUCAAAUCGACGAUUCGUUCUGUGAAGCGGUCGGGUCCGGUUUAACCGGCGUUAUUUACCUCGCCGAUCAGCUUAAUCUGAACCGGUUGCUAUCUUAUCAUCAUCAACAGCAAAAUGAUGAAAAAACCGGUGCCGAUUCAAGUACCUGUGUGGUUUGCUUGAACCGGUUGGGUGAUGGUGACCGGGUGCGCAAGUUAGCAUGCCGGCACGUGUUUCACACGGAGUGUUUAGAUGGGUGGUUCAAUACGCUAAAUUUCAACUGUCCACUUUGCCGGUCUACUUCGGUCUCCGGUGAGCGCGUGGUGAGAGCGCGGCGGCGCGUUGCUGGGGAUUUACUUGCUUGGUUCUCGUUGAACUGA